CGUCCAUCACCCAACAAUGGCCACCCAACCCGCCUCAAUGCGGCCCCUCGCCCGCCUAAACCCUCUCCUCCGCCAUGCGCGCGCCUGCAACCAGCGCCGCAGCUUCCUCUCCAUCACGCCGGAGGAUAUCCGGAAGCACAAACCGCUGCCGGGGUUUUCGUCGCUGACAAGCCCCCGCCAACCCGUAAAAGUAAUCCCCACCUUCCCCCCCCGGCCCGCGCCCAAGCACACCUGCCCGGAUCCCGUCGCCUUCAUCGAGGCCACCCAGCUUGCGCAGCUCGACCCCACGGGCGCGCGCACGCGGCUGUUCGCGAAGUACAACUCCGAGGGUGCCAAGGUCGGCGACGUGCUGCUCGUGCGGCUCAAGAACGGCGACCCGUUCGCGGGCGUGUGCAUCAACAUUCGGCGGCGCGGGGUGGACACGGCGGUGCUGCUGCGCGGGCAGCUGACGCGGGUUGGCGUCGAGAUGUGGUAUAAGAUCUACAGCCCGAAUGUGGAGGGCAUUGAGGUGGUGCAGCGGAUGCAGAAGAGGGCGAGGCGGGCCAAGUUGUAUUAUUUGAGGCAACCUAGACACGAUAGAGGCUCGGUGGAGAAUGUGGUGAGGCAGUAUAUGAAGACAAGGGCGGCGUUGGGUGUGGGGACGGAGAGGAGGAAGGAGGCGGGAUUGAAGCAGAAGAAAAGUAAGGGGAAGAAGAAACAGGUUGCGCCGGCGGCUUGAGCGCUGUGUAUUGCACACUGUCGUAGGCAUGCAUAGGAAGGGGCGCUGGGCAUUGGCUGUAUGAUAUGUCUGAGCUACUGGAGAAUUAGGUUCUCGAAUGUAUAUCACCUGUAUGAACGACGCCUUGUGUAGCUACUUUUGGUGGCAGACACAGAUCCAAGGGGAUAAACCACAUCUGAAUUGUAUUGGGCUAUCGAUUGCUAGUAGGGUAAAACGGUUGUUUUCUUGCUAUUGGCCCAGCCGCCUGUCAGAAACCCCUGCAAGCGUCGACGCCUUCGCAACAAGCUCACAUCUCCCACCACCUCCACCUCUCACGAGCCUCUGUACACGCGUA